GCCGGUAGCUCAACUCAUUCCUACGCCAUCAUCCCAACCGUUAACAACUACUACUAUAAUAGAAAUUAAUUUUGCCGUAGCCGUUUUAACUCCAACAGUCAAAAAUGGCUGACGAAUCACCGGCGGGAUCAGGUGCACCAGUACAAAUUGUUGAAGUUGCACCCACCACCAUAGCUUCCGCUGAUUCAACCACAUCUGGUGCCCGUAUGAUGAUGAACCACCCAUGGCUGGCGGCCGCCGCAGUGGCCGUGUAUGCCACCAAGGUCAUGUGGGUCAAGUUGCGCGAGAUUGGCCUGGCAAAGCGACUCAAAAAACAACAGGCAAAGCAGUCUAAAUCCUUGCAGGAUGUUGAUGAAGACACCGAAUCUGAAUCCGAUGAAGAGGACGACGACGACGACGUGCCCCAAGUGGCAGGUGCAGCUGAGGGACCAGGAAACUGGCUGAAAAUGGACAGUCCGAGGCUAAGCCAUCGCUCGAUCGAAGUUGCCCCCGCCGAUUGCUAGUUUUCGAUUCGGUGAUGAAGGACCAUGAAAGGACACUGCACACACACACACAACUACACUGGACAACUACACUAAUUGUUGUAAUGCUUGCGUUUUCAGUAGGGGAGGAUCGUCAAUCGUCCACUUGGGGGACACAAAUUGUUAGUUUCAAAACAUAAACCAAAAUCCUUGUAAGCCAUUGCGAUAUUGAAUUAGUUUUUAUGAGUUUACAUUAAAGCCUGCGAUGAAUGUAUGGUAACCUAACAUUAA